ACCAGGCGUUCAACGACCAGGCGACCCGGGGCCUGCAGAUGCUGCCCGGCGGCAGCAAGGAGCGUGCCGCCAACCAGGACGGCUACUUCUGCCACGACUUCGAGCGCGUGUUCGACGGCGAGGCCUGGGCCAGCGCCUGGACCACAGACAAGCUGAUGGACAGGCGUGUGAGGGGUCGCGGGAAGCAGGUGGGCGCGCGCGACUGGCUCCCCUCCAGCCACUCCAAGGACGCGAACGGCGCCGGCACCUACUAUGGCACGUUCAUCAGUCACAUGCCAGCCAUGGACCCCAACCCGAAAGGGAGAGGCCCACUGAGGCACGAGCCACCCAACGUGAAGACAAACCCGAGCAAGAAGGGCACAGGAUACGGCUACGCUAACGUCGCCCUCAACCCGUACCCGGAGCACGCCAACGAGAGCUUCGCAGAGGCGCUCAAGAUGGAGCGCCAGGUGCAGGCACGGCACCGACAGGCCAUGCUGGACGGGCCGCUCCGGCUCAAGAACUACCCCCAGGACUACUUCGGGCCUGACCCCUACAUACCGGUGACUGCGGGCCGAACGUACAACAUCCGCCGUAUCCCGGCUAGUCCGAAGGAGGCGUUCCGGCCUUCGGGACCGGCCAAGAAGGACGGCGGCUGCAAGGCUGGCUGCUUCAGCAAGUUCCCCGAGUACAUGCCGGACGUCUACGGCAUGAGGGUGCGGUACCCGCAGAACGUGGUGAACAAGGACGGCAAGACGUUCUACCCGCCGAUGCGCGGCAAGUCCGUGCGCCAGGACAGCAUCGUCAACACGAACGUGGCGCGCUCCAUCCACGAGCAGUCGUGGCGCAACACACGCAACAUAGUCUUCAAGAAGCUGUGCUCGUCCGUCGGCCUCUGAUGCGCCGCCGCCGCCGCCGCCGCCCGGCUGCCAUGUUGCUGUGACGUCAAAUUAAUGCCACGCAUGUUUGUGGAGAGGACGGAGUCCGGUGCAUGUCACGGGUUUUGGGUAUUCUUAUCAAUUUUAUUUUUGGGGGGUAUGUAGCCUUGGUUCUCAACCAUUUGUCGUUGAGUGCUUGUGGGCGAAAUACAAUAAAUGUGAUGUCUU